UAAAACCAUGGUAUAUUAGAUUAUACAUCUUCUAAUUCAAUAUGACAAAUUAAGAGUGACUACGUAACCGACAAUUUCUUAAUAUUUAACGGAAUACUUUAAAAUGCCAGAUACACAUGAUGUAGAAUACGACGAAUUCUGUGAUCCGGAGAAUCCUAGAAAAAUAAAGUAUGACGAUAUUCUGGCUGCUUCGCGUCGCAUCGCGGGAACAAUUGUCCGAACACCGUGCACGAGAGCUCAUAUGUGCGAUAAGCUAGGUAUGGAAAUUUAUUUAAAACAAGAAUUCAUGCAGUAUACAGGAUGUUUCAAAGAGCGUGGUGUUCGAAACACGUUGCUUCUUCUAUCGGAAGAACAGAAAAAGAUUGGGGUUAUAUCGGCUUCUACUGGUAACCACGGAUUGUCUAUGAGUUACCACACCACACAGAUGGCGAUUCCCUGCAUCGUUGUGAUGCCAGUCCGCGCGCCUUUAACUAAACUUACCAAAUGCCAGGCUUAUGGCGCGAAGACCUUGCUACACGGUGAAAAUAUGGCUGAAGCGAAACAUUACGCUAUGGCAAUGUCUAAAGAAAAGAAAUUAUACUAUAUUAAUGGAUAUGAUCAUCCUAACGUAAUAGAAGGACAAGGUACUGUAGGCAUAGAGAUUGUUGAACAGGUUCCAGACGUAGAUGCAGUAAUAGUGCCUGUCGGUGGAGGUAGUUUACUCACUGGUAUUGCUAUUGCGGUUAAGCACCUUAAGCCAGAUACGGAAGUAUAUGGAAUACAAACAGAAAAGGCUUACAGUAUGGUUGAGGCAUUAAAAAGAGGUGAACGAGUUAAAAUAAAUAUAGAUGCUACGAUAGCUGAUGGUCUUGGAGUUGGCUUAGCUGGAGUUAACACUUUUUACAAUCUAAAAAACGGCGGAAUAUUAGAUAAAAUGGUUGUUGUAAAAGAAGACUGGGUUGCACGUGCCAUUAUGCAUCUUGUAGAGAAUGAGAGAUACGUAGUGGAAGGUGCCGCAGCUGUUACUGUAGCGGCGCUCAUGGCAGGACUAUUUCCUAAUCUUAAGGGUAAAAAAGUCGUAUGCGUUUUGUCUGGUGGUAACAUUGACACUACGACUUUGGCGCGCGCGCUGGAACGAGGCAUGGCGGCAGAGGGCCGGCUGGUGAAGUUUAAGGUGACGGUGAGCGACCGACCCGGGGGGAUGGCAGACAUGUGCGCGAUGCUGGCAACCACCGGAGUCACGCUGCGGGACUGUAUUCCUGAACGUGCCUGGGUGAAGGGUGACGUCUUCAGCGUCGAGUUGAAAGUCAUAGUCGAAACAAGAGGAUGGGAACACACAAAAGAGCUAGUAGAAAUUGUGAAAAAGAGGUACAAAGAAUGUUUCUUCCCAGAGAUGAUCGAAAAACCAGAUAAAACUCCUGGUGCCAAACGCGGUCCGUGUUUAGCUCCGAAUCCUGUCAUGCCCAUACGAAAUGGUACCAAGAAUCCGCUGGAUUUCCGCGCUAAAAAGCCUGCCUGUCUUUUCAGAGCUUUGCGCAAAGAAUCAGCCUUUGCGCAAAAAAUGAGCCAGCUCUUCUGCCACACGAGGCGAUCAAGCUGGCUGAAAAUUCGACAAAUCAAAAUGUCUAGACGGCAGGAAGACUUUGACGAGUUUUGCGAUCCAGAAAAUCCGAAAAUAAUUAAAUAUGAGGAUAUCGUGGAAGCUACCAAGCGAGUCAGAAAACAUAUUGUUGCUACUCCGAUCGUACCAUCACACUACCAACGAGAGACCGGUAUUAACAUAUUUUAUAAAUUAGAAAUGAUACAGCCUACUGGAAGUUUUAAGGAAAGGGGUGCUAUAAAUGCCUUGGAGUUGCUGCCGAGAGACAAACAAAAGGUCGGAGUUGUGUUAGCAUCUCUAGGCAAUCAAGCCAUUGGGAUAUGUUUUUAUGGGCAUAAAAUCGGUGUACCCGUAACGGUGGUGAUGCCCACGUGCGUGCCGAUCGCAAAGCUGCAGAUGUGCCAUAAUCUUAGUGCCAAAGUUAUAAUCCAGGGCAAAGGCUUGAUGGAAGCACAAAGGUAUGCUCGUAUCUUUGCAAGGGAUAAAGGACUCACAUACAUAAACGGUCGCGACUAUCCAAACAUCUUAACGGGAUACGGCAGUAUAGCUAUAGAGAUACUUGAACAGCUGCCGAAUGUUGACGCGAUCAUGGUACCAGUAGGGACCGGUGGACUGCUAGCCGCUAUCGGAACUAUCGUCAAACACGCAAAACCCAGCUGCCUUGUAUACGGUGUGCAACCGGAGAGAAUACCCACAUUUUUUAAUUCCAUACAAUCUGGCGAACCGACGACUUUACCUUACGAACCUUCAAUAGCUGAAAGCAUAGCAAUGCCCUACGUCGGCGUAAAUGCGUUUGGCAACGCACAACGUAAUGUUGAUAAAUUGGUGUUGGUGAAAGAUGACUGGAUAGCUCGUGCUAUACUGCACUUGGUGGAAGAUGAACGCUUUGUUGUAGAAGGUGCUGGAGCGUGUCCCCUGGCGGCCAUCCUUGGUAAUCUUGUACCGGAAUUUAAAGCAAAAAAUGUGGUUUGCAUUCUAAGUGGUGGAAAUAUUGAUGCAGUAUUAUUGAGUCGCUGUUUAGACAGAGGUCGCGCAGCCGAAGGACGACUCAUUAAAUUUAAAGUACUAGUCAAAGAUUCAGCAGUGACCAUCGAACAGUUUAUGAGACUAAUAGCCAACGGUGGAUAUAACAUACUGCGACAAUUCUGUGAUCGAAUUUGGAUAGAAAACGAAAUUUCCCUAGUUGAGGUAAAAUUGGUUUGUGAAUGCAGAAAUUUAAAUCAUGCACUAGAGUUGAAAAGGCUUAUUGAACGGACAUACCCCAACAAAUGCUCAUUUGAAUCUGAACCCUUUAAUCUAGACAGGACAUGUCCAUGCUAUGCUCAUAAAUAAGUUUGAAUUAUAAACAGAUUUUUUUUAAUUACUUUUAAUUAUAUAUAAUUAAUAACAUCAC